AUGGAUAAGGAACUGGUGGAACGGCCGCCUCCAAAGAGUUACAGUCAACGGCUCAAGGCCCACAUGGACAUCAGUAAGGAGUGGAGCUGCCCUGCUGCCAGGAGGAGGCGAGGGGAGGCUGUGGGAGAGCGCUGGAGCCGCCGCUUGGGGAAGUGGGAGCAGGAGGAAGAGGAGGCGGCGAGCGAGGAGCAGAGGGGUUCUGUAGCAGGAGCAGGACCUCCUCCCCAGCUGGUGCAGCGCAGGGGGGCCAGGAUGAUCAAGUACCUGCUCUUUAGCCCCUUGGGGCCCGAGAAGCUUCCAACCCUCAAGGAGCUCACCACCAGCGGGCGGGCCCGCUUCUUGGAGGCUGGCAGCGGUCAGGAAUGGAGCUGGGCAGCCCCGGUGCUGCGAGUGUUUGCUCAGGGCGAGGCGGGCCUUCAGUUCACUCCGCUGUCGCCUCCGUGGGCGGUGCACAUCGGAGUUGGGACAUUUGCAGUUGUCCCAGCACAGGCCACGGUGGGAGAGGACAAGGUUUUGCCUGUUGAGAGACCCGUGUUCCGGCCGUGCAGGUUUCUGAAGAAAUUUUACAAGCUCAGGUGUGCCAAGACCAAAAUUCCAGACGAGACGCUAUCCGUCCCGCUGGACUUUGAGCAGAUCGCCGCGGACAUCCACUUCCGCCGAGAAAUCGUCGAGCAGUGCAUCCACGAGACCCUGCUUUUCUUCGCUGGGGCCCUGCGAGACAACAAGGAGGUGGAAUUCUCCUUCAAGGGCAUUGGCAUCCUCGCUGUGCGAAGAAAAGCCGUCAGCAUGACCUUCUUCGAUGACUGCCUGCUGGAGCUGGACGCCACCGGGAACAUGCUGGCAGCUCUUCUGGAGGACUCCAAGAUGAGGGGUAUCGUGGCCUUCCCGGGCAAAAACGAUUUUACGCGGCUCAGCCGAGACGGGGUCAUCACGCUGCCAAGGUGA